CGCCUAUAAAUAUCUAUCGGCCUCUCCAAGCCGGGCACCGUGCGCCCCUUCUCUCCCACGAGGAAACGCAGACGUGCGUGACUCCUUUGAUCAGAGGAAGCAGGCGGCGGGAGGCAGGCGGCGUGAUCAACUAGUGCCAUGGAACGAUUAAAAGUGAUGAGAAAUCUAUGUGAAGUUUUGGGUAUCGAUUUUUGGGAGAAGAUGGAAGAGCUCGACAUUGAUCCUAAAGUGGAAGAGCUCGACAACGAUUGCGCUGCUUGGUUUACGGGGUGUCAUGUAAUGGUGGGUUUGGGUAGUUGUGAUUUGUGAAGAAUGCAAUCUAGACAUGUCACUUGGACGGCCGUGGAUAGAGGGAAACACCAGUAUCUUUGAAAGAACAGAUGGACUUGCUAAAUGUUGAUGCAUUCUUUUUCAUGAGUGUAGUUUGCAGCAGCAAGCCAGCGCAAAGAGAUUAAGGAGCUAGGGUUGAGGCUCAUUGAGCUGCGGUCUGUUAUGAUUGAUCAGGAAAUCGAUUUUGCUAAUGUUGUGUGUUUUAUCGAUGCUGCAUCAGAGGAUUUGAUAACUCAAGAGAAAGCAUUAUCAUCAAGAUUCCUUAACAAGAUAAAAUGCGAGGUUUCCCAACUCGAACAACUCAGCGCAAAUCGCUUGAAAGAAAAGAAUCUGAGGAUAAAGACGAAGAUAAGAGAACUUCUCAAGUGUACUCAUUUGACAGGGAAUGAAGUAGAAAUUGAUCUUGAGAAGGAAGUUCUGGAAGAAUUAAAGAUGCAAAAGGAGAUGUUAAAAGUUGAAGUAGAGAGGAGAUCGGAUAUUGUUAUCAGGGCUGAAAUAUGGAGAAAAUCAGUUGAUCAACUUGAGGCCCUACAAAAAGGUAGCAAAAAUACAAACAAAAUGGAGCUGAUGAGGUGUGAGUUACUAGCAAAGAGGACUGAAGGUAUCAAAAAUAUCCUGGUAGAAAUGGUGCAAACUUGGGAGGAAAAAUAUGACUCUCCAUUUUCUUAUGACGGGGACCAUCUCCUCACAAUAUUAAAUGCUGAUGCUAAACCUAGUUCAAGUGAAGCUGAAGGUAUGCAAAAACAAAAGGCUGAAGGCCAAGUACCAGCACAGGAUCUCAAGUCACUGCUUACGCCUCACCCAAAGCUCCGUCGCACGCCAAGGGUGCCUGUGCCACUUGAAGAACAUGUCCCUCUUCAGCUACAUGUAGUUGCGCCUCUGCUUCUAGUACCACCCGCUGGUGCACCACCUCCAAUGGCCCAAGCAGCCCAAGCAGUUCAGGAGCUGCCUGCUCCACUACCUCUUCCAGAUGUACCAGUGCAGGCUGGUUCGCCACCGACCAUGAUCAGCCAGUUCAACAGGAGCCGGCAAAGUCUGCUGACUUCUACAAUGCUGAAGGCUCUCCAGGUGAUGAAGAGACCGGCUCUAUCAACGUUUCAAGUGACAAUGAUGAUAGCGAUGACAGUGACUACCUACCUUGAGUGACGACAGUGAUCAGUACCUUCCUUAAACAGACUCGAUCCAGUAUACAUGUAGAACUAAAGGUUCUGGUGUACUUUGUUGCCUUUGACGCCAGAACCAAGAAAUUCGCAAGUCUGUUUUUUGGGCUUAAGUGCUGAUUAGCAACCGAUAUCGGAACCUUGCUUAUACAUAAGUUUUCUUGGCCACUCAAUUUCGAUACCAUAUAUAUAUAGAAGUCCUUCUUGAUUGUCGA